CGAACUUAAGCAAGAAGAAGCGCCUCAGAAUCGUCACUAUGCAGCGGCUCGCCUUGUUAUGACUGCAACUUAGAAACCGGUAGGUCGAAAACCACAUUUUCUUUCUCCUAUUCGCACCCAACCCAGUACAGGUGCAGAACCUCAUCCGCUCACCCCCAUCGUCGCCAUCAACCUCAAGCACCAGUAUGGUUACCGUGAAGAUCACUGAGAACACUGUCCCCUUCAAGCACCCAUCACUCCCGUAUCCCUGCGAAACAUACUACAAGAUCUACGGCGACAUCACAUCCGGUGUUCGCCCACUUGUCACCCUCCAUGGCGGUCCCGGCAUGUCACACAACUACCUACUAUCUAUCUCACGACUAGCUUCCACACACUCCAUACCCGUAAUCUUCUACGACCAAAUCGGCACAGGACGCAGCACACAUCUCCGCUCCAAACGCCUCGACACCAAAUUCUGGACAACGGAAUUGUUCAUCGCCGAGCUGGACAACCUCUUAUCGUCUCUCAACAUCGCAGACUCAUUCGACCUCCUAGGCCAAUCGUGGGGCGGCAUGCUCGGCGCCAUGUUUGCAGUUCGUGGUCACCAGGGCCUCGCCAAACUUAUCAUAUCAAAUUCUCCCGCCAGUAUGCCCCUGUGGCUCGAAUCGUGCAAUUACUGGCGCACACAACUCCCGUCGGAAAUCGAGCACGCGCUACAAAAGCACGAAAAGAACGGUACGUUCGACGAUCCCGAGUACAAGGCUGCAGUGGAGUACUUCUACAAACUGCACCUUUGCCGCACGUUCCCCUUUCCCAAGGACCUGCAGGACAGCAUCGACUGGGUGGAGCGCGACGAUACGGUGUACAUGACUAUGAAUGGACCAUCGGAAUUUACUGUGAUAGGGAGUCUCAAAGACUGGAGUAUUGUGGAUGACAUACACAAGAUCUCCGCGCCAACGCUGGUGCUGAAUGGAGAGUUCGACGAGGCAAGGGACAGUUGUGUGUAUCCUUUUUUCGAACAGAUUCCGAAGGUCAAGUGGUAUACCUUUUCUGGGGCAAGCCAUUGUAGUAACGUCGAGGUUCCGGAGAGGUAUUGCGCUGUGGUGGGUGAGUUUCUGAACAGUUCGGUCUGAGACGGAAGGAGGAUCGAAGGCUUUCGAGCGAGAAAUUGAUCCACAGGGAUUUGAAUAAGGGCAGGAACUCUACCUCGGGUCCAAGCGUUUGGAUGGCCACGCUAUGGAGAACUUCAAUCGUGGAAAGGAGUA